AAGAAGAGAGACACCAUGACCAAGCGCUCGUACAUGUGCAGUGACGACCACAUUGCAGAUCUGCUGGUUGCAUGAACAAGAACGGCACACGUGAACUGGGGUAUAAAAGCUAAUAAAGACACACCUGAAGACAGAAAGCUGGUAUUACAAUGUCAACACAGUUACACAAUACGAAGGCUGCAACAUGGUGAUAACGAAGUUGUAAAGUUUAAGGAGUGCAAUGGGUUGAUUAUACAGUUCCAAGGUUUAAAGGCAGCAUCGCAAUGUUAAAACAGUUCAACAGUAUAAAAGUACAAAAGGGGCUUUAGUAAGAUAACACAGUUUCACAUCAGACUGGCUACACAACACAAUGUUAACAUAGUUUAAGAAUACAAAAGUAACUUCAACACAUUUUUAACACAGUUCAAGAAUAUAAAAGUGACUUCAACACAUUGUUAACAUUAAGUUCAAGAAUACAAAAGUAGCUUCAGCAAAAUGUUAACACAGUUCCACAGUAUUAAAGUGACUUCAACACAAUGUUAACCCAGUUUCAUAGUACAAAGGCUGGUAUUCUAGCAGGGGAGAGUAGGCUGCAUCUUGAAGCCAUAGAAGAUGUGGCUUGCAGUGCAGACAAUGAAACAUUUACAAAAAGAGAGAAAGAGAAAUUCUGUAAAGACACAAAGAAAUGUGAAAAUGUUAAGAUAAAGAAUUACAAAACUGUUAACGCUCAACAUGUAAACAUUAAUGCUGUAGGAGGGGCAUUAAAUGAUGGACAGGACCAGGCAGGUUAUCUUUCCACAAAACCUGUGAAAAAAUCAACAGUAAGAUGGUCCUUCAAGAACUUAUUUGUGCUGGGAUUUUCAUUCAUGUGUGUCUACACAGCCUUUUCAUCUCUUCAAGGCUUACAGAGUACUGUUAACCAUCAUAAUGGAAUAGGAGUUGCAUCAUUAAGCUGUAUCUAUGGCGCGACUGUUGUAUCCUGUCUCGCAUCACCAUGGAUCAUACAAAAACUUACCACAAAAUGGACAAUCGUAAUCUCAUUCUCAUUGUUUCUUGUAUAUAUAGCAACAAACUUCUACCCAAAGGACUUCAUGUUAAUUCCAGCUUCUGUUCUUUUGGGACUGUUAACAGGUCCUCUUUGGAGUGCCCAGUCCACUUAUACGACCACUGCAGCGAUCUCAUAUGCACAGACGAUUGAUAUUCUACCGGAACAGGCCAUCAGUAAAUUCAAUGGCAUUUUCAAUGGUAUAUUCCAGACAUGCCAUAUAUGGGGGAAUAUUUUCUCCGCCAUGGUUCUUUCAAACAAUGACACGAUUCAUGUUAACACAAAACAUAUUAAUGAGAAUCGCACUGGGAAAUUUUGCGCCGCAAAAGACUGUGGAAAGUUUACAUUACUAGAAGAGGAUAUGUAUCUGCAUAUAGCUGAGACCCCGCCUGAAAGUCGCUAUAUGCUGGUUAGUAUAUUCCUUUGCUGUGCAGCGUUGGGUGUUAUUUGCAUAAUUGCCUUGUUGGAUAGAAACUCUACAACAUUAACUGCUACAAAGUGCUCUGUGUCUGGGACAUCAUCGCAGGAUUCAUUCAGCGCAACAUUGAAGUUGUUACGGGAUCCUCGGCUGCAGCUGUUGACCCCAUUGCUUGUGUUCAUGGGAUUGGAGCAGGCCUUCAUCUACAGUGAGUUCACAAAGGCAUAUGUUAACUGUCCAUUGGGCCUGCAUAAUGUUGGCUUCAUCAUGACGUGCUUUGGAACCGUCAAUGCACUCAGCUGUUUCCUUAUUGGCUUCCUGUCAAGACAAAUCAAGCGUUACUGCAUCAUGCUCUCCGGGGCGAUAUUCACUGCGGGACUGUUAAUUGUCCUGUUACUCUGGGUGCCGAGCAUUGACGAUAUCAUCAUGUUCUACGUGGUAGUGUCAUGUCUUGGGAUUUGUGACGCCAUCUGGGUGACGCAAACAAACACUUUAUUUGGUGUUUUAUUCCCUGACGACCAAGAGGCGGCCUUCUCAAACUAUCGCAUGUUCCAAGCUAUUGGCCUUGCCACAGCCUUUGGCUAUAGCUACUUCCUCUGUGUGCGAACUAAGGUGCUAAUUAUGUGUGCUGUAAUGGUUAUAUCUCUGGGAUUAUAUACCAUAGUAGAGUUACGACUUAGACGAAGACAAAAACACAUGGCUGAGAUUAUAGUGCUAUAGAAUGAAGAACAUAAAGAAUGGCAUAUAUUAUAAAAAUCUACUUGCAUGACUUGUAGGGUGGAGAAAGGCAAAAAUUAUAGUACUAAAUAAAGGGAAUGAUGGACAAUGGCAG